AUUCAAUGCAAACAUGUCCAGGGCCCCGAGCCCCCCACCUCCGUCUGAAAUGUCCAAUGCGCCCAUCGCAGAAAGCUGGUGCUACACACAGGUUAAGGUUGUGAAGUUCUCUUAUAUGUGGACCAUCAACAAUUUCAGCUUCUGUCGUGAAGAAAUGGGCCAAGUUCUCAAGAGUUCUACAUUUUCAGCAGGCACCAAUGAUACAUUGAAAUGGUGCCUACGCAUAAACCCCGAGGGUCUUGACGAAGAGAGCAAAGAUUACCUAUCGUUGUACUUGGUAUUGGUCAGCUGUCCCAAGAGUGAAGUCUACGCCAAGUUCAAGAUUUCUAUUCUUAAUGCCAAGGGAGAGGAAACCAAGGCUAUGGAGAGCCCGCGAGCAUACCGCUUUGUCCAAGGAAAAGACUGGGGAUUUAAAAAAUUCAUUCGAAGAGAUUUUUUGCUUGAUGAAUCUAAUAGCUUGCUUCCAGAUAACAAACUGACACUCUUUGGUGAAGUUAGUGUGGUGCAGGAUUCCGUGAACAUUUCUGGUCAAUCCAGCAUGAGUACAUUGAUAGUGCCAGAUUGCCGGCUGGCAGUUGACUUCGGGGAGAUCUGGGACAAUUCCCGCUUCACUGACUGCCUGCUUCGUGUUGGUGGCCAGGAGUUUAAAGCACACAAGGCCGUAUUGGCAGGUCGGUCACUUGUUUUUAAUGCUAUGUUUGAACAUGAAAUGGAAGAGAGCAAAAAGAAUCGAGUGGAGAUUAAUGAUGUGGAGCCUGACGUGUUCAAGGAAAUGAUGAGUUUUGUCUAUACGGGAAGGGCUCCAAACCUGGAGAAGAUGGCUGAUGAGCUGCUGGCCGCUGCUGACAAGUAUGCAUUAGAGAGGUUGAAGGUGAUGUGCGAGGAGGCACUAUGCACAAACUUGUCGGUGGAAAAUGUUGUAGAGACUUUGAUCUUGGCCGAUUUGCACAGUGCAGAGCAGUUGAAGGCCCGGGCCAUUGACUUCAUAAUAAACAGGCAAGUCUAUCAUGCGAUGGACGUAAUGGAGACGGCGGGCUGGAAGUCCAUGGUUCUGUCUCGCCCUCACCUGGUUGCGGAUGCUUUCCGUGCCUUGGCCACGGCCCAGUCUCCACAGCUGGGACCUCCAUGCAAGCGUCUCAAACAGACUUAACGGUGGCAGGCAAAGAACAUCUAUGACCAGGAAAACUUUGGCUGCACGGUGCGGUUAUUUACCUGUGGCCUCCAUGCAAACAACCGUGAAGACUUUGCAUCAGACUACCAACUUUCCUCUGCUUUGAAAAUAAUGUUAAUUUAAGCAAAUAUGUUUACUUUCACAAAAAGGUGGCCAAAUUCACUUUACCAUGUAAUAUAGUGUUACAUCUAUACAUCUACAACUCUAUAAACAAGUAUAUAUGUAGAAAAAGUGGAAAACUACAACCUAAUAAACACCACGACAUAUCCCAAUUGAGAGAGUGUAAAAUAAAACGUUCGAUGUGAUUGUCCCUAGGUGGCAGGACAAUUUGGUUCAAUUGUUUAGUUAAGCAAAAACAGAAUGGUCUAAAACCCUGCAAUGUCUACCUUAACGUGAAGGAUGAGUAUUCGUCCAGUGUCUGUGUACUCAAGGUUACAGAUAGUGGUAUAGGGAACAACCAGUUCUGAAAGAUAAGAAUGUGCCAAGCCAUAUAAGGCCUUAAUUCAAGAGGUAAACUUUUCAGAUUGAUUUUUCAUUGCACAGACAGCUUAUGCAUUGACUAGAACAGGAGUACUAUGAUUGCGCGAGUUUGAAGACUGACAAAGAUAAUAUUGCAGUCGUGUAUCCUGCGUAUAACAAAGCAUGGAUGGAGUGCUCGGUGUAAGAAAAGGCAAGGCACAGCAUCAAUUUGGCCAUGUUACGCAGUUGAUAACAUUUCACUUUUUUGCUCGUAUGGGCUUUCAUGUAUGACCCAAAGGUUUUUGACUUACAACAAAAGUAAAUCUUAUGUCCAUCAAUUUAGUAGUUUGUAUUCACGGAAACAAGAUGUGCUGUUUUCUAAGUUUUGUUUCGUAUUAUAUUGUAAUGAUUUGUUUUUAUUAUGAAUUUCAUCUAUUACCAACUCGUAGCAUCAUGUCAACCCAGAGUUUUACGUGAUUGGAAGGACCAUAAUUUUUGCAUCAGCGCUGUUUUACGUAACCUCUCACUUAAAAUUAAAUUGUACAUAAAAUUGCAUAAGCUUUGAAGGAUUACACACAUAGAUUUGG